AUGGACUCCCUAAGCGAUGACCGUGGUCCCGAGAUAUUCUACGUGACGCUGUCACUAUUGAUCGUAUCAACAAUAACGGUGGCUAUGAGAUGCUAUGUCAGAAUUCGGAUACUCAAGUCCUUCCGGAUAGAAGACUGGAUGUCAUUAGCAACAAUGUUGUCUUUUGGAUUCUUUUGCGGCUGCGUCUUUCUCACUGUCCAGAAGGGGGCUGGUAAACAUUUACUUGCAGUCCCAUUCACUGACCUGUCUGGCGCACUGCUCUCGCGGUAUUUGGGCGAGAUUGCCUACAUCCUGACAUCGGUCUUUCUCAAGUUCACUGUCGGCAUCUUCCUACUGCGCAUCUGCUCGCGCCAGUGGCAGAACACCGUCAUUUGGGGCGUGCUGGCCAUUGUUCUCAUCUUCAACAUUGUCUACAUGUUCAUCGCCGUUGCCCAGUGCCAACCGAUUGACUACUUUUGGAAUCGGCUUGUCGAUUUCACCGAAAAGGGUACAUGUGUGUCCAAGGAGCUCGCCUCGGGCUCUACCUAUGCAGCCACGGCGGUCAAUGCCUUUGCUGAUUGGACAUUGGGUCUAUUGCCCAUUGCCUUGGUGUGGAAUGUGGAGCUGAACAGAAAAGCCAAGAUUUCUGUCGCCGGAAUUCUGGCAUUGGGUGUUCUUGCUUCGACUGCAACCUUGGUCCGCAUCCCAUACAUAUGGCAGCUCACACAUACCGUGGACUUUACCUACAACUUUACCGACUUCACUAUCUGGAGCACGGUAGAAAACGGUGUGGGAAUCAUUGCAUCCUCCAUCGCCACACUGCGGCCAUUGUUCCGCAAGGCCAGGGACCUUACCCGCGGAACCUCGACAGCUCCCAGCAACAAUCUCCCGCGUUACUCGGCCACGGUCCGACGGGACUCGGUUCGAGACACUGCAUUCCAUUGCCGUGGUCUGAGUGGACAGCAGCAAUACGACGUGGAGAAAGCCAUCCUAUCGAGGCAGCCGACAAAGAAAAAGGUCGUGCUGAGUGGUGAAGUGAUUGAUAUGGAGAGACCGAACCAGACAUACGGCAGCGACAGGAGUAGGCAAGAGAGUAGCUUGAAAAAGGAGACGAGUCCGCUGAGGGCCACCUAUGACUACCAGAGCAGCCACAGCGGGUGGUCGUGGAAGUCAAAAGACGGCACCCGGGACUCGAGAAACCCCGAAGGCGUCGACGAGUGGGUGGAGGACUGGGGCAACUCGGCCAGGUCAUCAAGAAGCAGGCUCUGGUCCAACAGAACUGACUGGGCGGACCGAAGGACGACUUGGUGA